CCCAGCACUCACAUCAUCAAGAGCCCCGGCAACGCUUGGCCAUGUUCGCCAAAAAGAAGGAGGGCCAACGCUUCAUGAUCCUGAUCUCGAGCGGCACGUGCGACGCCACCAAGGUCCACGUCGCCGUCACCAAUGGCUUCGCGCAGCUCAAGGGCGACGCAACGACCAAGGUUGACUUCGUCCUCAUGGCCGAGGGCGGCUGGGUUGUGGAGGACAAGGUCCUGCGUUCGAUCGGCGCGUUUGGGCUGCCCCCGAUGUCCAAGCUCCUCGACGACCCAUGCAUGCAAGACAUAAAUCGGGUCACCUGGACCGUCUGAUCCUUCUGUGCCGACGCCCGUGGCAUCACGGACGUCGCGAUCAUGAGCAGCGUGGGCCCGCGCCCCAACUGCUCCAUCAAGGCGGCCACCGACCCGGCGGCGCUCGCAAUGUAUGCAAACGCGGACAAGAUCCUGUGCUUCUAGACGGACGUUUCUUCAGUCGCACGGCCCGGAGCAGGGCGUGCCUCGGCGCAAUAUGACGCGCGCCCCUCGACAGCCCACUCGUGGGUGUGGGGUGCGCCGAUAUACUUCAGCGCUCGAGACGCUCCGCCUCGAUCCGCGCACCGCUCGAUCCGCGCAGCAUGGGACGUGCAGCGCGACGCAGGGGGUGUAACAUGUACACUGCUCAAGGUGGCGGCGCUUCGGCGUCAGCUCCCUUCUAGGAAUCUGAGACGUUGUACCACCUGUACCGCACUGGGCUAGUCGCCGACCACCCUGCACAAAGAUCGCAAGGGCGGGGACCUGUUCUCCUUUUUACCCAUCUCACAGUAGAGGUGUCCGUUUUUAUUUAUUUAUUUAUUAUUUGAGAUUACUCAGAUUA